UCAGUUUAUCAUAGAAUGAUGGCUCGACUUUGAGACCAAUGUUCUGGUCUUGAUUCAGGCAUUCCGACCAUUCCGCACUGCAAUGUGCGUUGCUUCUUUCACUGAAAAAGACCCGCCAUUCCCCGCCGAGCUGGCGGGGUGGGGACGUUUCUUAGUUUGUAUAGUUUGUAUACUGUCACUCAGGUUACGUACUCCCUAUUAAUUCCAAUGAAUCUCCCCUGGCGAGAUCCCCCUCCUCCUGCCUUGGGGGUUUACUUCACCUGAGAACUGUUUCUCCCUGUGUUCCCCCGUGCCCAUCUACACCUACAAUGGCAACACCAGCCCGCCCCUCGGUAAUACCCUUGAUCAUCAACGGCAAGGAGGAAUACACCAAGUCUACUUUUGAUGUGAUCAGCCCAUAUACCAACCAAGUUUGCUGGACAACAGCCUCAGCAUCACCCCAGGAUGCAAUCCGCGCAGUCGAGGCGGCGGAGGCAGCUUUCCCCUCUUGGUCGCAAACCAAACCUACUGUUCGCCGAGACAUCCUGCUGAAGGCCGCCGAUAUUUUGGACAGUCGUCUCGAACAGAAUUCGGAAUAUAUGCGGACGGAAAUGGGCGCCGAUGUGGGUGCGUCGCUGCAUUUUAUCGCUCCACUCGGGAUUCGCAUGUUGAGGGAUAUCGCGGGGCGCAUCACUUCCAUUUGCGGUAGUGUCCCCGUCGUCGACGAAGAGGGACAAAGUGCCAUGAUUUACAAGGAGUCCAUGGGGGUAAUUCUCGGGAUCGUACCCUGGAACGCUCCAUACGUGUUCGGAGUCCGCUCUGCUGCCUGCGCGCUUGCAACUGGAAACACGACAAUCCUUAAGUCCUCAGAACUCUCACCCUGCUCGUACUGGGCGCUUGCGCGUGCCUUUGAAGAUGCAGAGCUACCAGCGGGUUGUCUCAACCUGGUGUCUUGUGCACCCAAAGAUGCCCCUGACGUGGUGAAUGCCAUGAUUGAACACCCGGCUGUGCGCAAAAUCAACUUCACGGGCAGCACAGCUGUAGGCAGGAAGAUUGCUGGAGCUUGUGGACAAAAUCUGAAGCCGUGCUUGAUGGAAUUGGGAGGCAAGAAUAGCGCCAUUGUCUGCGCGGAUGCUAAUAUUGAGACUGCUGUGAAAGGAGUGCUGGCGGGCGCAUAUCUGAACUCAGGUCAGAUUUGCAUGUCUACAGAUCGCAUUCUUGUUCACUCCGCCAUUGCACCUGUUUUCAUUGAUGCACUCAAGAAAGCACUCAACUCCAAUGUCGAUCCUUCAUCACAGCCUCCAACAUUGGUCAAUAUGCGCUCAAAAUCACGGGUCUCCAGCAUUGUUAAGGAUGCACUAGCAGGCGGCGCCCACUUAAUCCACGGUUCAGUGGAUCAGGAUUCCGCUGAAGCAGGCAAUGGUGUUCGAAUGGGGCCUGUGCUUUUGGGUGGAGUCACUGAAAACAUGAGCGCUUGGCAAGAAGAGGCUUUCGCCUCGCUAGCAGCAUGUAUGGUCGUUGACAGCGAUGAAGAGGCCAUCCGGCUUGCAAACGGUAGUGGUUAUGGCUUGGUCGCAGCCGUAUUUACCGAAGAUCUGCGAAAGGGAUUGGCGAUGGCACGAAAAAUCCAGUCGGGCGCUGUUCACAUCAAUAGUCUGACUGUUCACGAUGAACCUGCCUUGCCGCAUGGAGGUGUCAAGAAUAGCGGAUGGGGUCGUUUUAACUCAUCCCAUGGAUUGGAAGAGUUCCUAGUCACUAAGAGUGUGACAUGGAUGGAUUGAUCUUGCAGGCUAUUUCCGAAUGGAAAGCCUCCGCAGAGCCGGCUCUGGAUCAGGAGGAAGAUAAAGAUCAUCUCUUUCAAAGAGGGUUACAUGAAGUUAUGAGAGUGAACCAUUUAUUCGUGGGACUAGUGUACUGCAAUUAGAUAUUAG